AAGUCUCUUUAAUAGGAAACAAGUGUGACAACGGCAAGCCUCUUUUUUUUUUUUUUCUCCUCCCUCUUAAGCCACAGAGUCAAAUAGCCCUAAUAGAGAUGAAGCUUGAUAGAUCCGCCCAGGUGUAGGUGAAAUGGUAGAGCCUCGAGGGUAAUAGAUGCUGUGCUCUCACGCUGAAGUUUAGCACUUUGUCCUGACCGGCUCUCGAGCAGCAGUGCGAUGGGCUGCUCCUUGCACAGUUGCAAAGUCAACACGCUGCUUGCCGCUCACAUUUAUGCCUAAUCCGGAGGGCAACCUGGAGCUAGGUGAGACCAGCAGAGCAGCCCUUUUACUUCAGCGUGUGGACAAAGGACAGCAGAUGCAACAUCUCCUGGAAAACACCUAUUUGAAAGAUUUCACUUCAAAUACAGAUUUUCUAAGGACCUGCAUCUGUGGAACUUUAAAGUGAAUAUUCCUGUCUUCUGUCAUGGUACUGAAAGUGUCCAGAUACUUAAAAUAACCAGUUGGGCUCAACAAAUAUACCUCAGGAAUUAAGAAAUUUUCCUGGAAAAAGUUUCCAGAUUGUUUGAACUUCUCUGGCCGCACAAUACAGGAGGGAAGACUGAAGCAGCUUAGGGACCUCCAGGUCUGCAGCAUGGGCUGGUUCGCCAGGAUUGUCUGUCUUUUCUGGGGAGUAUUACUUACAGCAAGAGCAAACUAUCAAAAUGGGAGGAACAAUGUGCCAAGGCUGAAAUUAUCGUACAAAGAGAUGUUGGAAUCCAACAAUGUGAUCACUUUCAGUGGCUUGGCCAACAGCUCCAGUUAUCAUACCUUCCUUUUGGAUGAAGAACGGAGUAGACUGUACGUUGGAGCAAAGGAUCACAUAUUUUCAUUCAACCUGGUUAAUAUCAAGGAUUUUCAAAAGAUUGUGUGGCCAGUAUCUUACACCAGACGAGACGAAUGCAAGUGGGCUGGCAAAGAUAUCUUGAAAGAAUGUGCCAAUUUCAUCAAGGUGCUUAAGGCUUAUAAUCAAACUCACUUGUAUGCCUGCGGAACGGGAGCUUUUCAUCCAAUUUGCACCUACAUUGAAAUUGGACAUCAUCCUGAGGACAACAUUUUUAAGCUGGAAGACUCACAUUUUGAAAAUGGCCGUGGGAAGAGUCCCUAUGACCCUAAACUGCUGACAGCAUCUCUUUUAAUAGAUGGAGAAUUGUACUCUGGAACAGCAGCUGAUUUUAUGGGGCGAGACUUUGCUAUCUUCCGAACUCUUGGGCAUCACCAUCCAAUAAGGACAGAGCAGCAUGAUUCCAGGUGGCUCAAUGACCCCAGGUUCAUUGGUGCCCACCUCAUCCCAGAGAGUGACAACCGAGAAGAUGACAAAGUCUAUUUUUUCUUCCGUGAAAACGCAAUAGAUGGAGAGCACACUGGAAAAGCCACUCAUGCUAGAAUAGGUCAGAUAUGCAAGAAUGACUUUGGGGGGCACAGAAGUCUGGUGAAUAAAUGGACAACAUUCCUCAAAGCUCGUCUGAUUUGCUCAGUGCCGGGUCCAAACGGCAUCGACACUCAUUUUGAUGAGUUGCAGGAUGUUUUCCUAAUGAACUCUAAAGAUCCAAAAAAUCCAAUUGUAUAUGGAGUAUUUACAACUUCCAGUAACAUCUUCAAGGGCUCAGCCGUGUGUAUGUACAGCAUGAGUGAUGUGAGAAGGGUAUUCCUUGGUCCAUAUGCCCACAGGGACGGCCCCAACUAUCAGUGGGUACCUUAUCAAGGAAGAGUCCCCUACCCACGACCAGGAACUUGUCCCAGUAAAACAUUUGGAGGAUUUGAGUCUACAAAAGACCUCCCUGAUGAUGUUAUAACAUUUGCAAGAAGUCAUCCAGCCAUGUACAAUCCAGUGUUUCCUCUUAAUAACCGCCCAAUAAUGAUCAAAACAGAUGUAAAUUAUCAGUUUACACAAAUUGUAGUAGAUCGAGUGGAUGCAGAAGAUGGCCAGUAUGAUGUCAUGUUUAUUGGAACAGAUGUUGGGACCGUUCUUAAAGUAGUUUCAAUUCCAAAGGAAACUUGGCAUGAUUUAGAAGAAGUUCUUUUGGAAGAAAUGACAGUUUUUCAGGAACCAACUACUAUUUCAGCAAUGGAGCUUUCCACUAAGCAGCAACAACUAUAUAUCGGUUCCACUGUGGGCGUCGCCCAGCUCCCUCUACACCGAUGUGAUAUUUACGGGAAAGCCUGUGCCGAGUGCUGCCUCGCCAGGGACCCGUACUGUGCUUGGGAUGGCUCUUCCUGCUCUCGCUAUUUCCCUACUGCGAAGAGACGCACAAGACGACAAGAUAUAAGAAACGGAGACCCACUGACUCACUGUUCAGACUUACAGCACCAUGAUAAUCAUCAUGGCCACAGCCUUGAAGAAAGAAUCAUCUAUGGAGUAGAAAAUAGUAGCACGUUCCUGGAAUGCAGCCCCAAAUCACAGCGAGCUCUAGUCUAUUGGCAAUUCCAGAGGCGAAAUGAAGAGCGAAAAGAAGAGAUCAGAAUAGAUGAUCACAUCAUCAGGACAGAACAAGGCCUUCUACUGCGUAGCCUACAGCGAAAGGAUUCCGGCAAUUACCUCUGUCAUGCCGUGGAACAUGGAUUCAUGCAAACUCUUCUGAAAGUGACCCUGGAAGUCAUUGACACAGAGCAUUUGGAAGAACUUCUCCAUAAAGAUGAAGAUGGAGAUGGCCCCAAAACCAAAGAGAUGUCCAACAGCAUGACACCUAGCCAGAAGGUCUGGUACAGAGACUUCAUGCAGCUCAUCAACCACCCCAACCUGAACACAAUGGAUGACUUCUGUGAACAGGUUUGGAAAAGGGACCGAAAACAGCGUCGGCAAAGGCCAGGGCAUUCCCAGGGGAGCAGCAACAAAUGGAAGCACUUACAGGAAAAUAAGAAAGGUAGAAACAGGAGGACCCACGAAUUCGAGAGGGCACCCAGGAGUGUCUGAGCUGCAUUACCUCUAGAAACCUCAAACAAGUAGAAACUUGCCUAGACAAUAACUGGAAAAAAAUGCAAUAUACAUGAACUUUUAUCAUGGCAUUAUGUGGAUGUUUACAAUGGUGGGAAAUGCAACUGAGGUCCGCCAACUAUAAAUUAAGUCCAUGAAUAACUUUCCUAACAGGCUUUCUUCCUCGUACCAACACCUAAUAGAGGUCAGGUGAACGCAGAUGUUCACUUUAGCAGACUUAAUGUUUCCUACGAGAUUUCAUUGUACAGGUUUCGCUUUCUUCUUUGCUUGAGAAAUAAAAAUGUCACUUGCCAUACUGCCAUCUAAAGAAGAAAAACUGCAUCAGCAAAGCCAUUUUCUUGAACUAAAAGUUUAAAAUAAACUGCAUAGGUUUCCUAAGCUGAUGAAUAUUCCAAAAUGUGGUUGGAUUCAAGGCUAUUUUUCUGUCUACCAGCACUUGUGUUUAUAUGUACUGGAGGAGUAAAAUGAUCCUGAAUGAAAUGGUCUGUGGAAAUAUAAAAAACAUAAACCAUCCAUCAUCCAGAAGAAAAAUGGAAUACACUGAUCUACUACUGAUGUCUUCUUUCAGCUUUGAUCUAAAGAUGUAUUUUAUUAAAACUAUAAUUUAAAUGUACUAUGACAAAUAUGCAGUAAAAACGAGCUCUUUUCUAAGCUAGAGUAGGUUUUUGUCUUAAAUUACAAUUAUUGUGAUAUAUACUUUUUGUUUUAACAACUCCAAUUGUGUGCUGCUUUUUUCCAGCAUUUUGUUUCCAGUUCAGCAAAAGGGACAGACUAUAUAGUUCUAGAAACACAUAUACACCUAUAGCUAAUUCCUAAAACCUGGAUACAAGUUAUGCUUCAUUUCUCUGAAAAUUCAAACAAAUAACACCUCCCAUUCUUUAAGUAUUACCUAAAUUGGUUUUAACCUGCAUAAUAUCCUUAGAAAAACAGCACUUAACUGGCAAAAAAGGGAGGAAACAUAUUGAUAUGUCAAAUGCAUUUUGUUGUUCCUAAUGGAUCAAUGAUGAGAAAAAGAACUGCAGAUUUCUUGAAAAUAAUAAGCAUUAUCUUAAUAUAAUGUGAAUAGGAGAUGUCUCUUAAUUCUGUGCUUGAACUCCCGCCUGAUAUUGGAGACAUAAAAACUCUCUCAUGAUUCCAUUAGGAAUUACAUCUUUUUUUUCUCAAAACUUAAAAACUUAACUUUUCUGAAAAGAGAGAGAUCAGAAAUAUUCAGACAACAUCUUAAAGAAAAUUUCCCACCUCUCCUUACAUCUGUAUCAGCUGCCUCCUGUUUCAUCUUGUUUAAAACAACCAUUGGUCUAAAGAACAUAUGCCUCUUUCUACAUUGAUGGGUGCAAUUUUUAUACAAACUGUUUCCCAGGACACAACCACAACCCACACUUAGAACAUGUGAAACUCUUUGUCUCCUGCAACAACUUAUAAAAUAAGGUAAAAGAUUAUUAAUUAAGGGCUUGCUUGCUUUAUUAUCCUAGAAUUAUUCCUUGAGGAUCUUUGAAUUCAAGAUGUAUAAGACCUUCAGCAUUACAAUACAGUUUCUUUUGCUCUGCACUCACCUUUCCAGGUAUCCACCGCUAAGUCCUUCAUCAUGCACAAAAAUGCAAAAGAAACAUCUUAAUAUAAUUAAUGAAAGCGACAUUGAAAUUCUAAGUCUAGCUGUCUUGGGAUUCUAAUUAACUUAGCAUUGAUUUCUCACCUCAGACUACAGUGAAUUUAAAAAAAUUCUCUCUCAGCUGAAAUAUUUCACAGAUGGAAGCUCAUGUUUCAGUUUUAAUGAUUACUUUGAAUAAACAAUUUGAUGCUUUUUCAAAUGAAAGCCUAAAAAUAGUCUACAUUCAAUUUUAGACUCCAUUGAUUAAUACAGUGUUACUUUCAGAAGUACACCCCAAAUGGUAGCUGAACUUAAAAUUAUUUGAAGAAGACACUCCUGUAGAGAAAAAAAGUGUUUCAAAUACAAAUCAGAGCAGAAAGAGUGUUCCAAAAAUAGAUAAUUAUUUUAAAAGGUCAUAGAAUAUCUUCAUUGUGAUAAAAUUCAUUGCAUUUCAUUCUAAAUUUGCAGCUGAAACAAAUUUAUUUGCAAUAACAGAAGUAUCCUAUUUCUUAUUCAUCCUCAAAAAUAAAGGAUUUGAAAGGAUAGAGAUUUUAUAACUUCAGGGAUGCCUUCCAAUAUCUCAGUGCAUUUUGUUUGGUAUUAUGAAAUAUCCAUAGAAAGAAAUUCUAGACUUCAGUUAAACAAAAAGAAACAGAUCUACUGGCAUAUCUUUAUAAAUCAUCAGGUCUAAGUUUUCGAAGAAAAUUAUAGAUAAAACUUGCAAGUAAAUAACUCCUAUUACAUCAUAAUCUUCUGCCAAUAUGAAUUGCAAAGGAUCAGUUUGCAUGAAAAAUAAUUCGCAUUUAGUAAGUCUUAAUAGACUGACAUAUGCAUGUAUCAUAAGAGUUGAAACUUUGUUAAGAGACAUAUGUGACCUUAAACUAAUUCUUUUUUUUUUAACAAAAUACUUUUUGUUUUAACAACUCCAAUUGUGUGCUGCUUUUUUCAGCAUUUUGUUUCCAGUUCAGCAAAAGGGACAGACUAUAUAGUUCUAGAAACACAUAUACACCUACAGCUAAUUCCUAAAACCUGAAUACAAGUUAUCCUUUAUUCUCCCAGAAAUUCAAUCUUAAGGCAGGAAAAAAGGUACAUCCCAGCAGAGAAAUUAUGGCCCAGUUGAAAUCAAAUGUAAAAUGUAAAUGCAUGUAAAUGCACACUUAUUGCUAUUUUUUAUGUAUUAUUUAGUGAUUUUUUCCAAUGGUAUGUGUUUCAUAUUUUUGCUACCUACACAUUAGGCAAAGAGAUGUAAAUAAUUUUGAAAAGAAGAGGAAGAACAGUGUAAAAUGCAGCUUUUUAUAGGUACUCCAUUUCAGUGUGUUUCAACAUCAUCCUAAAAUGAAAAAUUUUCCGACACAGCUGACAAGGUGGUUUGUGUGCUAUUUCAGGGCAAAAGAUAUGUGCCCAUUCAAAUAAGCAUGUUUUUUGCAGGUAAAUAUGUUCCAUAUCUGUAUUUAUCAUUGCAUUUCAGAUGGGAACUAAACAACUGAGAGAAAAAUGUAAUGAAACUGCUGCUGUAAAUUAUUCCUUUUAGCAUGUAUUCAGUUGCUAAAUACACAUUUCUUCAAAAUAUUUGAAUUCAGAUGUCUUUACUGUUCCCUUUAGCAUAUGGUGUCAAGGAACAUAAGUUUAGAAAAUGUUGAAAGCCAAAGUUAGGUCACUAGAUAAUCAGCUAGCAGAUUUCUUCAUUGCAGUCAUCUACAAACUGGGUUCUAUAUUGUGAUGUUGUGAAUUUUAUGCCCUUUAAAUUAAAUAUUGUUACUUUUAUGUCCUUUCUAAAAAAGAAAUAUGAGGAUGAAAUUCUAUGUUGUGUCAUUAAUCACAAUCAUUUUAGUUUCAUUUAGUAUUUACAAUGAUGCCUGAUAUUGUUAAUCAAAUUGCCAUGCUUGAAGGUCAUAAGCAUUUUAUUAAUACAGAGUUUAUAGUAUAACAUUUUGAAAUCUUUGUUUUAUGAAUUCACUUUUUAAGCACUAUUUGUAUUCUACUAAUGGAACUCAAUUCUCAAGUCUCAUGGCUUCAAACACAUACUUAACAAAUAGGACUCAAUGUCAUCUUAUUGUGUUAUAAUGUGUUAGAUACAAACUGGCCUAAGGGAAAGACAUCCGUGCUUUUAAUUUUAACUUUGUCAUAGUUAUUUAAGGACAAUGUCAAUGUUCACUAAGUGCAUGUUUCCAUAAAAAAGAAAACAUUACUGUUUAAAAAGCCUGCAAAAUCCUAUUAGCUUAUUUGAUUUCUAAUAAUUUUCUUACACUAGUUAAACAUAAUUACAUAACAUUUAUAACAUUAAUAUACUAAGACCUACAACUGAAAGAGAGAAUGAAGCCACAGAAAUGGUGCAUUGUAUAUAGUACAGCUCUUGUCACAGUCAACCGGACCAAGGGAAACAGCCAGGUUUUCAUUUCAGACAUGUAAGUAUACACAGGGAAAAGCAGAAGUACCAACUCUAACUAAACUGAACAAAAAGAUGAUUUUUGAAUAUAAAGAAAUUGGGCUUGUAGACACUUUGUCCUUUAGAACCAGAUUCCUACCUGUUCAAUUAAAUUCCACUGAUAGAUCUUACAUGUCCCCUGUGUGCUAGGUAAUGGUAGGUGCUGAGGAUACUAAGAUGAGUGAGAUAUAACCCCCAUGCUCAAGAGCUCACAGUGAAAUAAACAGUAACACGAUAUGUCAUCUUCCAGCAAGUGUCUGAUCUCCAUCUCUAGAUGAUGCUAACCAUCUACUCUGCACUCAAUCUGUGCCUUGUAUAUACUUUUUUAUUGCCACACUUAUCACAAAGGUGUGAUUUCUUUGUUAACUUCCCCAUCUCCCUUUCUAGACUGUGAACUCCUUGAGGGUAGGGUUUGUAUCUAAUUUAUCUCUGCCCCCAGUGCCUACUGUGAUGGUUGGCACAAGGAAGGAGCUCAAUAAAGCACUGUUGGAAAGAGCCAGGUUAUAAUGUGGUAUGUGCCAAAUGCAAACUCCAAAGUACUCUGGGAUCAAAGCUGGGGAGGGAUUAAUUUAAUGAGAUCAAUCAUGGAAAGCUUCAAAAAGAAGUGACCCAUAGCUGUGAAUUGAAAUUUAAGACAGAUUUGCUCAAGUGAAGUAUAGGCAGGGCAGUCUGGCAGAAAAAAUAAUGAGAGCAGUGGAGAGGUGUGAACAAUGCUUUUAUUCUGGGACAAGCAUGACAAAUGGAUAGAGCAAGGGGUUGAUAAAGUAAAAUGUCCUACUGUGAAUCAAAAUGGUGCGUUUGGUUUUUCCUGGAUUUUGGUCUAUUCAGCUUUAUUUGUACCCCACAACCUCAUUACUGGCACAUGGUGUCAUUCACUCUGCUUCCUUCCACCCACUUCCCUCAUCUGCUCUCGUGUUGACCUCUUCUCUUUGCUCAGCUGGAAUCAUAGCACUGAGCAGUGUUCCCGCAACCAUCCUUAAAAUGAUCUAUAUCGUGAUCUAGUUCAACUAACCAUUCUUCAGCUGGAGUUCAGAAUUCCACCAAUGACUGGUUGGGAAAAGAUAGCUUCACCUGGUUGACUCCUCUGUUCUGACUCAGCUCAAAUUCUAGUUUCUUACAUUGCACCUGCAUUCAGCACUACCCCACUCGUGUCAUGUUAGCCUGCUCAGCCAUGGGGCUCAACAUUGCCUUGCUAAUUAGUUAGCAAGAUAAUGCACAAAUGGGGCUUUAUGAAAGAUAGCAUGAAAAUAUAAAGCCUGUAUUUGUUCAGUGGAUACCCUAGAUGGAGUACUUCACAGCUAAACAGCAAUGCAAGUGAAGUCAGCGUACAUAGUUGACAAAGACUCCUAAUUUAAAAAAAAAAGAAAAAAGAAAAAAGAGGAAGCCUAGCUGCAUCUUGAAUUUGUCAACUCAACACUACCAUUACAUUGAAUGGUCAAGUUUUUUCUCACAUAACAAAGAAUGUAUUUUAUUUCUCUUAAUCUAAACAUUAGACUUGUAGACACACUGUUUAUUUAUACAGUAUCUAAGCAAAAGUUCUCAUAAAUGUGUUCAAGUCAUCACAAUUUGGGUAAUUUUGAAGUCUCAAUUCCAAUGUCUCUUUUGUGUAUCUAACUGAAAGCAUUUAGACAAAAGUCAUUGCCAUUUGUGUAGCCCAGUUUUGAUUAUUUUUUUGAUAACUAAUUCCAGAGAUACUUAACUAUUUUAGACAAAGUUAUGUGUCUAAAAUCAAACAGCUUUUCCACUUUAGGAUUUUUUUUUCUAUUACACCUCAAUUUUUAGAAGGUUUGUAUCCUUGAAUUUAAAAAAAAAAUGAUAGUUUCAUUAGUCCUCAAAUAGUUUUGUUUCUUCAUGCAAUGUUUUAAAUUGUUGAUAAAUGUCACAAAUUAAUAUAGGUCUCUGUAUACCGUUCAAUAAAUUCUACUUGAUUAUUGAUACUGAGUAAAAAUGAUACAUCUCUUUUUCAAAUUUGCAAUGUUAGCAUCUACCAGUUUCAGAAACAUUGCUCAUUUUCUUUUUUCCCACUACUUUUGACCUUAAUCCUAUGUUUGUUGACAUUAAUUAGAAUUUAUUUGGUUCAGGAAGCAGGUUACAUUAUUACCGAGGGAAUGUUAUAUAGCAUCAGAAAUAAAAUCUGGUACACAUAUCAAAGAGCAUAUUGAAAUCUUUCAGUUGUGAAAUAUAUUCACUUGUAAAAGUCUGAGUGAGUACUCAUCCUAAAAUGAUUAUAUAUUAACCAAAACAACAGUCUAGUCAUUUACUCCGGAAACAUACCAUUAAGGUUUUGCCUUUAAUUUCUUAACCUCUCUGGAAUUUAAAAAACAACAAAAUGCCUAGAUUGCAAAAUCUCUAAUCAUUAAAAAAACAGUAUAUCCUGUUACCCCCAGUGGGGAUUGGAAUAUAAUUUGUAAUUGUUUCCAUACUUGUCUCUUUCUAAGCAACUCUUUGUCAUUAGAAAGCAUUUAUUAAAAAGAUGUCAUAUCGGG